UUCCCAUCUGUCUCCCAUCUGUUUCCCAUCUGUCUCCCCCUUUUCUCCCAUCUGUCUCCCCCUUUUCUCUAAUAAUCAGAACAUGAUAAUAACCAUCUGUUGUUUCCCAGCGGUGCUGCGUCACAGUAAGGACCAAAAAGAAAAGGGGAAAGGUCAGAAAGGAAAAGGGAAUAAAGGAAAGAAGAAGAAGAGGACAAAAAUCCCCACAGCCGUCAACCCUGAACACACGUCAUCAGGACACACGUCACCAGGACACACGCCAUCGGGACACACGUCAUCAGGACACACGUCAUCAGGACACACGUCAUCAGGACACACGUCAUCAGGACACAGGUCAUCGGGACACACGUCGGAGUUCCCGGCCGGACACACACACCAGACGUCAGAGCGUGUCACAGAGGACCCUUGUAGCUCUUCCCACAAGGGCUACUGUAUCCAUGGACUCUGCAAGUACAUGGCAGACCUGAGAGAGCCAGUGUGCAUGUGUAAUAAAGGUUAUGACGGCGAGCGCUGUGGGAUCCUGCUCCUGCCUACGACGAACAAGGAAGACAGCGGCAGAGCUGAGGUGGUUCAGACUGUCCUGGUCAUCAUAGCUGUGGUCCUCUCCAGCGUCAGCUGCCUCGCCAUACUGCUCAUGGCCUGCACACAUUACAGAACUCAUAAGAACUUCUGUCUACCUAUCUUGGCUCUGGCAGAGAAGCAACAGCUAACAGAAAACCACACCAUGUACAUCACGGUGGUGACACAGCAGUGA